AUGUAUGUUGCCACAGUAGUCUUCGCAAUCGUAACAGCUCUCAUUGUUUAUAUGUCUCUUCGAGUUAUCGGAAUCGGUGAGGCUCAAUUGGAAGUUAUCAAAAGUUAUCAGUUGGCUUAUAAACCGCAAUAUACAAAGGUUUAUACGCAUCGGGAUAUUGUUGAGAUGAUGGCGAAUAGUUGCAAAAUUCCCUAUAUUUUUUUGGAUAGUAGUGAUGUUGGUGAUUAUCAUGCUUAUGAUUUUAAGUGAGAUUUUUACCUGAAACGUAUAUGUUUCGGGUUUAUUUUUCGACAUUCAAAAAUUCUCCAGAAUCUUUCAGAUCGCAAUGCUCCAAGAAAAAAGACGAACUUCUUGUAAUUCAACACAUGAAUGGUCAAAUCCAACUCCAAGACACUGCAAAUGAAUUUCUCGGAACAGAGGAUUUCGAUUGUUAUUAUCAGAAAAUGGGAGAUGAGGGAACUCUAACCGAACUCACGAUGUUUACAAAUUACACAAUUCCGUUUGCGAGAUUUGAAGUGAUUUGUAAGAAUUAUGACAAUAUUAUUUAUCGAAAGCCUUUUCAGAAUUUAGCUUUGAUUAUUGGAGAUGAGGUGAGUUAGACUAUGCCUAAAUUAGCCUAUUUAUCUACAAAAAUGUUUGUUUUCAGGAAGAGCCUUGGGAGAAUAAUACCUGCUCAAUCACCACAUUGCACAUUCCACGUAUGAGCUAUAAAAUAUUCAGUCGAACUUUCACGGAAUCCAAUACUUUUAUGAAGCGCAACUUUUUGUUUUUCAAACUGUUGUUUUCGGGAGAGCAACUAGGCAUGGAAACUGAAGAUCAGGCCAAUUUCAAAUUGCGAAGAUUUGCCACCGAAAAUGGAUAUCGUGUUUAUGAAAACUCGGAUUUUGCAGAGUAUUUUGAUUUUUUGAAGGAGAAUUAUAAGGAGAAUGUGACGGAUUGGGAAGUGGAAGGAUGCUUUGAAGACGGAACGGUAAGUUGGGGUUUUUCUCGCCAAAACAUGAGGGAUCACAGAAAAAAGUGUGUUCAAGUUGAACUAACUAACGAUAAAAUUUCAUUGACAUUCAACUACAGUACCCUAGACUAUUUUUUGAUCUACAGAAAAUUUCUCGAGAUUACUGUAUGUUUGACAAUAAAUAUUAAUCUAAAAAAUUCCCUUUUCCACUCUAAACUACAGUAACCUGCACAUAAGUCAUAAAGAUAUUUGAUAAGACUGAUGUACUUUUGAAUGUUGCCCUUUUGCCAUCAAAAAAACAAGUGGAAUUCUUCUAUAGAGCGCCCAUACUGCCACUAAAAAUCAGACAUGAAAAAUAUGAUAGCAAUUUCGGGCGCGCCUAAAACACACAGGCAGAUCGCAAGUUGCCCGUAACCGGCCCGUUACGGACCGUUGGCCAGUUUCAUACCAGUUUUGAGCCCGUUGAAAAGCGACUGGUCCAAAACUGGCUUAAAAUCGGUUUCAAAUUUUAGGAUUUAUAAAAUCAAUUUGGAAUAUAAAGACUAUCUGAAAGUGUUUAGAACAUGUUCGCACACAUUUUGACUAUUUUCAGUCGAAAUAUCGGAGAUUCCUGUUUUCAGUCGAACUGGUGAAAAACCGGAAGCAAACUGGUUCGGAUUUAGAAUAA